AUGAGAAGAAGGAAUAGAUUAACGGGCGGCAUCGAACUGCAUCAAUUACGUCUCCUGCAUCCAUUGCCACCUCUAGCGACUGGUCGCUGCAAGUCUGGCGACCGCUGGUCUUCAGUCGCGGCACGCUGCGCUGUGUCGUUUAGUUCUAUAUGUUCUAUCGAGUUGGCGUACACUCUUUGGUCACCGUAUACUAUUUAUUACGCGUUCAGCAUGUUUGGACAAAUACUGCUGUGUCUCUCCGCUGUAUAUCAAAUAUUCCAGAAGGGGGUGCAGCUCGGUUCUAUGUUCCAUUUUAUCUUCUACGGUUCAAAUUUAGCGGCAGCCUUGAUUCUAGCGAGAAACGCUUACAACUGGCCAUUACUAAUAAAAAGCAUUGAAGAAAUAGAAAACCAGCUGCCCUAUUUCAGAAGGAACUUCAGAACCAUUAUAACUUUGACUACGGCGUUAAUGCUAGCAAAUUGUGCAGUGGAGCAUAUUUUGUUCGUAGCUCACGGGCUUAUUAUCGCUUAUUCGUGCGAUCCAGACAACGUAAUCGACAUUUAUUUGAAGUUGUACAAGGCUUCGAUUUAUGAGUUUACACGUGGUAGUGCGUGGAGAUGGGUAGUCACUGAGAUCUUCACCUUACAGGGUUCAUUUAACUAUAGUUACAAUGACUUCAUCAUGGUUCUAGUAAGCUUAUAUUUGUCAGAAUAUUUUCUUGUACACAAUAAGCGCCUGAAAAAAGCUGUACAACAGGUUCAGAGAUACAUAGAUCAGGUCAAGACUAUAAAAAUUGCUAUAAGUGGUUUGGAUUUCUUUUACGUGACACGUGGCACGAUUUUAACGGAGCUUGAACAUAGUAUUAUAGAUUUCAGUUGCGAUAAGUGCCUGGGCCAUGAGUUAUAUACAAUAGUACGGUUGCCGUUGCACUUAAAGGAUGAGAGUCAAUGA